GUUGGUGCAGUUCGUGCAGGCGCACGCAAAGAUGGAUGCCGACGAUGUCGCGAGGGGGGGAAUUCCGCUGCUGCGCCCGGAUGCGCCCCCUGGAAAAUCAGGUCCAACAGGCGCGAUGGCAGCGCUCGAGAAAAUGCGCAGGUGCCUCAGGAAAGGAUGCGCGCAAGACCCGUUGGGUGUGGAUGACAUGUACAUACCUCGUGGGAGGGGGCCGAAGACAAACCUCAUGAGGUGGUCCAAGAAAGGUGGAACUGGGAAGAACGAGAAUUUCCACGGCGGCAUCAAUCGUCUGGUCGCAGGCGUGGCUCGCAUCGGUGUGGAGGCGUGCGACGCGAGGCUUCUGCAACGUGUUUGUCGUCACAACCUAGACAUGGACCGCAAGCUUGGCAACACCAGCAAGCAGUCAACUCGUUGGCCUUGGAGGGAGCGCGUGGUGAACAAAGCGGCCUCGGGCAUCCUCGCUUCGCUCCCGUUCCCGAAGGCGCCUCCCGACCCGAAACACGACGUAUGUGAUGCCAACUCCCUGCUGUUCGUGUGCCGGUGUCAGAUCCCAACGAAGGACUUGGAACCGAUGGGGUUCGAGUUCCACACCGCCAGGAAAGCUGCCGGUCGACGAGAAGCCAUGAAUGCCGCAACGAGGAUAGUUGCAGAGCGUCGGGGCAACAACCCCCGCUCUUCGCCGUCGAUGACGGCAGGAAGUGCCGCAAGGGAGGGGCCGGAGACGGCGCCGUUGCCACUACCGACAGCAGGAGGCCGGAUUGGAACGGCGGCGGCUGGGGCGGCGGGGCCUGCGGAGGGGCCUCCGGCAGACGGGGCGGCAGGGCCGGGGCCGUGGCCUGCGGCGGGUGCGGGCGCGGCGCCGGGGGAUUCGCCCUCGCCAUCAUCGACGCAAGAAGGCCGGGUGGGAACGGCGGUGCCGGGUGCGGGCGCGGUGCUGGGUGCGGGUGCGGCGCCGUUGCCGACCAUGACAACGACGGGUGCCGCUUUCGCCAACUAUGGGGGGGCGCGCAAGCUACAUAGUAAACGUCCCACCAUCGAGGGACAGAAGUCUGUCACCCCGACAACCGACGGCGAGCUGGAUGCCUUUGCCCGUUGUCUUGCGACAGCAAGGGCUCAAGGCCGAGGGGAGGUGAUGGAGGAGACGGCGCGACUGUACAACACAGAGUUUUUCACCCAGCAGCUUGACCGGGACGCGCCAAUAAUUCUCCGUGGACCCACUUCAGCGCAAAAGCUGCGAAAAAAAUCAACGACAACGGCCACGGCUAAGAGGGCCCGACAGGUCUCCGCAGACUUCGCAGCUGUGCAAUCGGCGGGCAGAACGGCGUCGUCUUGUUCGACCUCUCCUUCGAACUCUUCUUCGACCACGUCGAGAUCAAAGCGCCGUCGUGACGUCAGACCUGACAGGGAAAAUGCCGUUGCUAGAGUCGCGAACAGGGUUCCUCUGACGAUAGAAGAAAUAGAGACACUUCCCGACGCCGUGGCUAUUCCUUACCUCUCGGAUAUGGAUCAGCCGACGUCAGGCAGGGUUGCUGCCAAACGCGAGAGGUUGAAGAGCUACUUCCGAAACCACAACCUCACAUCGUACACACCUGUGGGCGGGGCAAACAAGAAGGCCGCGGGUGCGGCAGUUACAGGACCCCCUAGUGGGCACCGGGCGAUCUAGAACGGCUGGGGUGUAGAAUUCUGUUUCUGGUGGCAAGGGCGGGCUUUCUCAUUCUGCACGAAUGUUGUGUGUUUCACUGCUGCUCCUUCACGUAAUAUUAUUGCGGUUGCCAAACCGGCGUGUUGUGGGGGAGGUAAAGUGUGCAACCUCGAAAUCAGAUGCGCCCAUACUGCAUUUGUGUGCUAACCACAGUGUAUCAGGCACACACCACACAAGCGCACAAGCGGCAGCCGUUGCGUUUUUUAUGCUUAUAUCAUAUCUGCGAUAAUUGCAGAGAGAUCUCAACCAACUCUUUCGGCGAUUUUAUGCGGCGAGAUCAAAGUGUUUUUUUUUUGGCCCCAAAUUUCGGGACAUGGGGGUGGCCCCGAAACUACUUGAAAAAAGACUUUUUUGGGGCGGAUGCGCAGUCGGCGAUUUUGCUGGCCUUUUUGGUUCUACUAUUUUUUCCCUCUCUCUCUCGCUCUCCCCGCUCUCUCGGGCGCGCUCUGCGCGCGCGCAAGAAGUUUUUGUAUUACGUUGCGCGGCCUUCGGCCGCGGAAUUGAAUUGAAAAGCUGGCCCGCAGCAAAAAUUGGGGAUUGGACAAAAUCGGGACGUCCCUGGGGUACAAUGUGCAAAAUCGGGACGCCUUCUGAACGUGCCGCGGCGCGACGACGCACACACCCAAUACCACACGAAAUCGCGCCACAGCGCCUCCACCCGCCGCGCACAAGGCGCGCCGACCCUCUGCAACCCUUUUUUUCCUGCUCAACAACCUAAAACAGUGUAGACGCAGCCGCGUACAAAACCCUCUCCGCAGACCACCCGAUUUUGUCCUAAAACCUGCAGGGUCGACCCCUACCCCGAGAAAAACAUUAUCUCCGACCCUGUUUUGUCUAUCUGACCACCCCUUUUUGUCCACCACAGCCGGUUCGUGGGGAGAUUGAACGCGGCCAUCUCCCCGCAGCACCACCAGCCGAUACCCGCAAAAGAGCCAGCAGCAAAAACACUCUGCAGCAGGCAAAAAAACACCGACCGACAGCAACUUGCCGCCCGCCGGCAAGCCACCACAACUGAAAUCGACCGCCGAAGAACGAUCCGACGCUGGGAACAGCUGUAGUCGCUCUGCAGGGAACGGACAUUCGCGGAAAACUUCCUCCGCUCUGCCCUCUCGCCUCUCGCCACUUCCCUCUCGAGUAACUGCAAAACCCUCUCGCCCGGUGCGCGCGCAACCACAUCACCCGGGGAGAUGUGUGGGCGGCCAGUACUGUUGUCUUCUGGCCCUUGUCCGCUGUCUUCCCUCCGUCAAUCCAAAAACAAACCGCUGUAUUGCGAGAUCUCAUGUUAGAAUCUAAAUAAUAACUACUUAAGACUACGAAUAGCUGCGUAAAUAUGUAUAAUAUUUUUCGUGUGUUUUUCAAUAUUCUCGGACUCUGCAGAUACUUGUAUUUAGCGAACAGCGAAAUUGGAAGUUGGUGUGUACGGGGUGAAAACGAGCGGCCGCGCAACAAAUAGAUGCCUGCAAGUUUUUCACGCUUUUUUCGUAGGAAAUCUUUUCAAUGUAUGGGCCCACAGAGUAUGUGUGUUGGACAAAAUUGAGUACGAGGGAAACAUAGUGGCGGCCAGAGUGGUGGUUCGUUAUUUUGGUUAGACAUAAAACAGACGGCAGCAGCAGAGGCACCGACGGUAUGCGGUAGUGAAAACAAAGGACGGGAAAGCAAGCGCCGGCCAUACGAUUUCUUCGGCAUUAGGCCACCACCAGCAACAAGGCCCAUAAAC